GAAAAAAAAAAGAUGGGUGAGAAGGAGAUGGAGGUGGUGAAGGGGCUGGACGUGGAGAGGUACAUGGGGCGGUGGUACGAGAUAGCAUCGUUCCCGUCGAGGUUUCAGCCGAAGAACGGAGAGAACACGAGGGCUACAUACAGCCUAAACCCGGACGGGACGGUGAACGUCCUCAAUGAGACAUGGAGCGACGGAAAGAGAGGAUUCAUCCAAGGGACAGCGUACAAGGCAGACCCAAAAAGCGAGGAGGCCAAACUCAAAGUGAGGUUUUAUGUGCCACCGUUCCUACCCAUAAUCCCCAUCACGGGAGACUACUGGGUACUGUACAUAGACCCCGAGUACCAGCACGCCUUGAUCGGACAGCCCUCCAGGCGUUAUCUAUGGAUAUUAAGCAGGAGGCCCCAAAUGGAGGAGGAGACUUACAAGGAGAUGGUGAGGCGGGCGGUGGAGGAGGGGUACGACGUCUCCAAGCUCCACAAGACCCCUCAGGCCGAUCCUCCCCCGGAGCCCGACGUCUCUCCCACCGACUCCAAAGGCAUCUGGUGGAUCAAGUCCAUCCUGGGCAAAUAGACCCUCCUCUUUCAUAUAUGUUGUUAUGUCUUGUCUUUCUACUUGGAAAAGAAGCUUGUGUGGUGUGAUAUCGAAAAACAAAGCCCUGUGCCUUUGUGCUUCUCUAGUAAUAUGGACUUUCCUCUUCUUACAUAAGAGCUUUGAAGAAUU